UAUUGUUAUCUUUUUCACACUGUAACCAUUAUUGCAUAUCUACUGCAUAAACCCUAACUAAAAUACUAGAACUGAAAUUCAAAUAAAAUGUAAAGUCCAAUAGAAAAAGGGAUUUCUAUAAACAGGGCAUGGGGAGAUGAGAAUGGCACACAGUCCAAAUUAAAAUAAAAUCUCUCUCAUGAGACAGACUUAGACGACUCAUGUGACUGACUGCCUGCCUGCCAUUUGCGCCACCUGACCAAUGUCUCGUCCUCCUCCUCCUCCGCAUUCCUCCUCCUCCUUGCUGCUUGUUUUGUUGGUGUGGGCAGCCGCCGCCACUUCUAGUACUAGUAGUGGUGAAGGAUCUUUGGGUGUGGGGAAAGUAGAUCCAACCCUCAAGUUUGAGAACCCGAGGCUUCGCCAAGCCUACAUUGCCCUCCAAGCUUGGAAGGCCGCUAUCUUCUCGGACCCAUUCAACUUCACCUCCAGCUGGAAUGGCUCGGACGUGUGCUCCUACAUGGGCGUAUUCUGUGCCCCUAAGUCCACCGGUGCACAUGGCCGUGUGGUCGCCGGCAUUGACCUCAACCAUGCUGACAUUGCUGGCUAUCUGCCUCCAGAGCUAGGUCUCCUCUCAGACCUGGCGCUCUUCCACCUCAACUCCAACCGCUUCUGCGGCGUCGUCCCUAGCAGUUUGCGGCGCAUGAAGCUGCUCCAUGAGCUCGACCUCAGCAACAACCGCUUUGUGGGAGACUUCCCCAAAGUAGUGUUCUCCUUGCCUUCCCUCAAGUACUUGGAUCUCCGAUUCAACGAGUUCGAAGGCUCCGUUCCCUCCCAGCUAUUCGACAAGGAUCUGGAUGCCCUUUUCCUCAACGACAACAGGUUCCAAUUUGGCAUCCCUCCCAAUCUCGGCAACUCUCCCGUUUCGGUUCUGGUGUUGGCCAACAACAAUCUCGGGGGUUGCAUUCCUGGUAGCAUUGGUAACAUGGCCAAGACGCUCAACGAGAUCAUCCUCUUGAAUGACAAUCUCACCGGCUGCUUGCCUUCCCAGAUCGGCCUCCUCACCAAUCUCACGGUGUUUGAUGUCAGCUUCAACCGACUUCAAGGACCCCUUCCCCCCACCAUCGGCAAAAACAUGAAGAGCUUGGAGCAGCUGGACGUGGCCCGCAACAGACUCACGGGUGUCAUCCCAGCCAGUAUUUGCCAGCUACCUCGUCUGCACAACUUCACCUAUUCCUUCAACUAUUUCACCGGAGAGGCUCCUGCUUGUGCUGCUACUGCUGCUAACAAAAAUAAUAUCAAUGGUCGGAAGAACUGCAUUCGCGGGAAGUUGGAUCAGAGAUCUGCAAGGGAAUGUGCUUCGCCAGCUGCACGUCCCGUGGACUGCCGCAAGCUCCAAUGCAGCAGCACUACUAGUCCUGGAGGCCGGGGGGGCAGCGGCGGGGGUUCUAAGAGAAGGCCUCCUCGGGUUUCAACACCCCCACCCCCGACUUCAGAGUCAUCACCUUCCACUAGAUCACAUCCUCCACCACCAUCAAACCCUUCUUCUUCUUCUUCUCCGCCUCUAGUGCCUAAUAGAGCACCUCCUCCUUCCAAUUCUAAUUCCCAUUCCCAUUCCCCUACAAAGCUUCCGCCACCUACUCAAAGAGUUUCACCCAGGACGCAUCUUCCACCUUCUCCCCCUCCAUCUAGUAGUCAUCAUCAUUGGACUUCGACACCACCACCCCCACCUACCCAAAAUGUGUCACCAACUACUCAUCUAAGACCACCUCCGCCGCCGCUGCCCACGCACUACAACUCCUCUUCUUCCCCACCACCACCAGUACUUUACCAUGCUUCCCCACCUGAUCACUCUAAACAUGAUCUCGUGCCGCCAUCACCUCCAAAUCAUUACUCGUAUGCUUCACCACCACCACCACCGCAACACUCGGCCCCGUCACCUCCACAGCACUCAGCCCAUGUCCCACCUGCUCCGAGCUAUCAUAUUUACACAAGUCCACCACCUCCACCUCCACCUUCAUCACCAUCUUCACCGCCACCACCACCAUCGCCACCUCCACCUCCACCAACACAUGAGCAGGAUACAAAAGCACCACCUCCUUCCCCCGCACAUGAGCAUUAUCCAUCAAAAGCUCCACCACCACCCGCAAGUACAGGUGGAAGUCCCCCACAUGAUACGCCAUCAGCCCCUUCCCCAAGUGAGCCAUCUCAUCCCUUACCUCCACUGCCGCCCACCGGUUGUGUGAUGCCUGCAUCAUCACCACCACCACCAAGCCAUCAUACCUUGCCAUCACCCACAUUUCAAUUUGUACCCCCACCUUCAUCAAGGCAUCACCACUCACCUCCCGAACAACAGCAUUGGCAUCAACCACCACCAUCAUCGCAUCAACAGUUUCCUCCCUCAUCCCCAUUCGAUAGCACACCGCUUCCACCAGUUAUAGGAGUGUCAUAUGCGUCUCCUCCUCCCCCUGUAGUUCCCUACUACUAAUUCAAUAAUUUCUAGCGUAUGUUUAAGAAGAAUCACAAUUCUUUUGCUGCGAAUGAGUAGACAAUAACCCCGCAUAUAUACAGUAGCAAGGAUCAGUUCCGUAUCUUUCGUGUGCGAAUGUUGUUCUUCUCGUUUUUAAGAUGCAGUUUAUCCUCUUAAGGGGUUGCUACCGUUGGUUCAAUUUAUAGCAAUAAUAGUUUCAUUGCUGCUUGCCUAUUCCUAUCCAUUUGUAUUCUCAUAACUUUAUUUCAUUCUCCGAUACAGCCAAGCGGAUGGAUUUUCAUUAUGAAUUAAAGUUUAUUUUGUCACACACUAUUGCUAUGUAUGUCUUGGUAUCAAUUAGCAAACUCAA